AUGCUGAUCGCAAUGUUGGCACAUUGGGCUGUAGUUGGGUCUCCCAUAUAUUCUAGCAUGGAACCCGGACAGACAAUCGCAUAUAUUUCGGACGUUGGAGCGCAAGAAUUGAAGCCCCUCUUCAUCGGCGGCAGCGUGGUCACGGUGGUGUUUUUGGAUCUUUCGUUCGUCGCGGAGCGAUGGCUGCGUCAUGCCGGCCAAUUGGUCCCGAACAAGGGCAAACUCGACAAAGCCUGCGCCAUCGGGUCGAUCUUCUUCUCCGUUGUUGGAGCUCUGGGGUUGAUCCUUUUGUCGUGUUUCGACACGCUUCGCCAUCCGCACAAACACGUUGGGUUUUUGGCUAUGUUCCUUGCGGGCUACCUCGUCAGCGCCAUUCUUAUCUGCGCCGAAUAUCUCCGCCUCGGUAUCUUCUACCGCUCCCAUCAUCGAGUUCUAUUUGCCAGCUUUGUCAUCAAGGGAUGCUUCGUGGUCGUUGAGAUCGCUCUCGCCAUUGCUUUUGGUGUCCUCGGACGGCAUAAUGGUUCUAAGAGAAAUGCAGCGGCCGUGCUGGAAUGGGGUAAGCCAAGGAUUUCGCUUCCUAUCGUUUGGGUCGAGCCGGCAGCUAACCAUGGGUCUGCAGUAAUUGCCCUGAUUUUCACCUUCUACGUCCUCUCCUUUGUGGUCGAUUUGCUGCCAUCGGUACGCACCCGUCGUCACGUUCCACAGGGCGAAAAACGCGUCAACAUGGCGUCUUCGGAGCCCUCGUCCGAACUCACUCGCGAAGAGCCCCUGACGAUGGACUCGGCCGGUCCAAACGCCAAUAAUGUCAAUUACUACCGGGGCCAACGCAUGUAA